AUGACGACAAACACUCGUCGUCGCGGAGUGCAGUUACUGCUCUCCUCGCUGUCGUCGUCGUCUUCGCGAGAACGAAGAGCGAGGAGUCACCGCUCGUUAGCGUCGACUUCGAAUUCUUCUUCUUUGAAAAAAUCAUCAUCGGCAACGACUGCGACGGCGAACAACAACAACAACAACAGCUCGUCUUCUUCAUCUUCGUCUUCGUCUUUAGUGCACUUAAAAAACUUCCAAACGCAACAAGAAUACGCGAGAGCGAUUGAAUUAGGGAAACCUGCACCGGAAAACGCGUGGUGGUGCUACAAGUACUUCUGGGACCCGAUCGUCGUCGUUAAGAAUAAAACAGAUGUUGUUACUCAUUCUAAAAAGAAGACGAGAACAGAUUACGUUUUGCGAGUGCAACGGGAUUCUUCAUUUGGCGCGAUAAACUCGUACUUUCCUACGUUUGUGUAUAAGAUAUUGAGUGGGUACAGAGGACACUUACCGAAGAAAGAGUACGACGAGGAGAAUCUAUUGAGUAAUAAUAACUUCCCGUGGAUGUGGAUGUGGCUGAGGCAGGCGACGUCGAUGGAGUCGUGGUUUCCGACGCAAGUGCCGGUGUUGGCGCACGUCAUCGGCGAAGGAGAAACGAAAAGGAAACCACCUCCAUUUAGCGGAACACCGAAGAAAUUAACCAAGUAUUAUCAGUUGAAAGCGAAAAACACGAUGGAGAUGACCGUACAAGGUAAUCAGUUGUUAGACUAUAUGAGCGCGAAUAGUUUGUUGUAUUACAGUUCGCAAUCCGGGAACGACUGGUGGUCCAAAUGGCCUUUGAAGAUGUCGCUGAAGAAGAGGAGACAGUUAUGGUUAACCAUCGUCGGGCUACCGAAAGAGGAAAGUUUGUUAAUGCACGAGGGUUUACAUAAUCAAAUGCUUAGGGACGCGAGUUUCGUGUACGCGACCGAUUGGACGUUUUCGAAAAAGUUAAAGAAGACGUUUUUAGGGACAGUCGGCACAGCUUCGAGACCAGACUCGAGAGAGCGCGAUUUGGUUAUUCGGAAGAAGGUAAAAGAUAGUAAUAAUAAGAACAACUCGGCGCAAUGGGUAUCUACGCAUCAGAUGAAAGAGUUGGUGGAUCCGCACGUCGUCGCGCCGACGUAUUUCCCGUUUCCAUUUUUUAACAAAGAGGCGAGUAAUAAUCCGUUAGUCGUCGCCUUCGUUUUGCCGGCGAAAGCAAGAAAUGAGAAAGCGGUGGAAGAGCUGUCGGACAUUUUCAGAUUCGCGCGAGAAACCAACGUGGACGUUGCCGUUUGUGGAUUACAAGUGGAAGAUAAUAAGAGUAUGUCGUCCCUCGACAAUACGUACGAUAAAUGGCGAUCCUUACAAAACGAAACCGUGAGAUUGACUCGAGAGGCAUGCUUAAUCGAAUGGGAAAACCGAAUAGGGAAUAAAAUUAUGGAUCAGGAGAGAGCGUUUAUUGAUGCUGAUUUAGAUUUAGAUGCGACUAUAGAAGCCUUGAAAGCAGGUCAGUGUCCCUCGAGCAAAGCGAAAGAGAAGUUUGAUGAUAUCGCGUGGACGUUUGCAAAAACGGACGAAGUGGGGGACAAGAAGAAGGACGGGUAUCUCGGUCGCGCGAUUCGAUUUUUCGUACAGCUGGGAUUUGAUAACACACGCACCGACGAGUUGCUACAGUUUGAGAACUUUGGCACUCGAGCGAAAGUUGCCAUCUUGGAUACCAAGAAAUUUUUGAACGGGGAGAUGACGGAAGGCGAUAUAACAAGCAGAGAAGCAUCGCGAAGAGCAAAAGUCGAGACACUCUCUUCUUCAGAUUUAGAAAUAUUCCCGCCUUUGACACAAGUCGAGGAUAUUUUGCGAAGAUUUAGACGUGCUUAUAACGUAGCAAAAGCGAAAGAAACGGUUUCGGAUUUUUUGACCUAUAAUUUAGUGUGGUGGGCAAGCGAUUCGGUAAUCCCCGUAGGAGUACUUCGAUACGUCUAUGAAUCGAAAAUUAAAAAAUGUAUCGAUGAACUCGAUCGAGCCGGUUUAUCGAGGAAAGAUCCGUAUUUCAUCAAAGUAAUGGGAAAUGUCGAAGCGUACGAGAAAAUCAUGACGUUUGAAGAACAGAAUCUAGAAGACAUGAAGGAAAAACUGAACGAGUUGAGAUUUUUGUGCGACGACGAAGCGUCGCCUAUUCUCGCGCAAGAUGAGGAGGAAAUCGACACUCUCAUACAUCGCGUGAUCAAAGCGAACGAGGAAGCGAGCAAACGAUUCGCGUAUUUUCAAGAGAGGGAUAAGUUAUCUCUCCUUCCGGAAUGGAAGGACUACGUUGGUAAAGGUAUUUCCUUCGCUGAUAUUAACUCGAGAUCAAAUGAGUUUACCGAACUCAUGCAAAUGAUGGCCAAUCGAUUGCAAAAGCUCAAGGAUUGUAAAGAACUCUUUCGCGCGAUGGAUGAAAAUGACCACUUUGCGUUGAAAAAUAAAAUUACCGAAGCGAACCUUCCGAACUCGGUGAUUGAGAAAGCAAUACUGCGUCAGAAAGAACUUCAAAAAGCGUACGCGCAGUAUCUCAAAGAUACGAGAGUGAAAAGAGGGAUGAGCGCGUACAUGCAACGGUACGAGGGUGAGGUAAACGCUGGGAAAUCGAUUUGGUACGACAGGAAAAAGGUUUUAGGCACGGGUUCACUUGGAGUUGUCGUCUAUGAAGGGUAUUAUGACGAGAAACAUCCGACAACAGGCAAAAUCAAACCGCACGAUGCGGCGAUUAAAAGAAUCCCGCUCGAUGCGGAUAGCAAAAAUGCGGACGAGCGAAGACAAUUACUCCGAAGAGAGUUUGAGGUUCACCGAAAAAUAGCAUCGAGAAGAAUCACUCGUUUAUUCGGCGCAGAGUUAAAUGUACACGAAGACGAUGAUGACUCAAACAAAGCCGCAUACGUGGCAACGGAAUUAUGCGGCGAGACGCUUACAUCCUGGUUAGUUAACGGCGGGGUUGCGCUCAAGAAAAAAGAUACAGAUUUUAAGAAAGCUCGUCAAAGCGUUAAAGAAAUCCCGUGGGAGGAACGUGUUAAAGUUGUGAAGCAAAUAGCCGUCGCUUUGAAGGAAAUACACGCCUCUGGAGUCGCGCAUAACGACAUCAAGGCUGAUAAUUGUUUGAAAAGUAGGAAUGACGAGAUAUUCGAAGAAGAAGGAGAAGAACCAACGAAAAUCUUUAAAAUUUCGGAUUUUGGCCUCGCGAAAGAAUUCGACGAUCGCUUCCAAUCGUUCGAAGGAACUCAAAGAAAGGCACAAAGUUUCACGUCGCAGUAUGGCAUGGGUCCUUCCACUGUGGGCACUGGAAGUAUGCAAAACCCGUUGAGAAAACCCCCUGAAGAGCUCUCCUGGGACGGAUCUGGGGUGGUGCAACUCACUCCGAAGAGAGACGUCUGGGAUCUCGGGUGCUUGGCUUUUCAAGUGCUCACCGGGGCGUGGUCUCCUUAUUCUUCGGUGGAAAUCAAAGAGGACGAUGUCGCCGCGAUUACGAGGAUGAAUCACAAGAAAAGAGAAGGAAGGUACGAAAAUUUGAACACUCUUUUACAAGUCGCGAAUUUACCUCGGCACGUCCAAGUCGUCUCCAACUAUCUGAUUGGAAAGACGCUGCAUCAAAAUCCAAAAAAACGCCCAACUUCUGCGGAGUUCGUGUCAAUGAUGCAACUGUGUGAUCCAGAGUUUUGUAUGGAGCAGAUAGAGGAUGUUGCCGAUAGAUCCAACCCGGGCAAAGUCGGCAGAGCGAAGAGUUUAAUCGGAGAUCAAACCACACAAAAUUUAGUCGAGAGAGCAUGGGUUGGUCGAAAAGCCGACGUGAGGAGAGUGACGGAUAAUAUCAACAACUGGAAAGAUCACAUCCUGUCGAGUUUAUUACAAAGGUCAGAACGAAGAAGAGCGGAAGAUAGUGGCAGCAGCGGCAGCAACAACGCGAGACCACUGACGAGAUCCCAGAAACGGCGAGCGGCCCGAGAACGACGUCAGAAAGAGAGAGUUAUUGCCCCCGAUGACACCAACGAUAGCGAAGAAGAUAUCCAAGGAGGUAAAAUGGAAACUCUAAAGGUAUCUUCGGCUUCGUUAGAGUCCCUGGAAACCGAAAUACCAGAGGACAAAAAGCAAGAACAACUCAGCGCCGGCGCGUACUCGAACGAUUUUGCAGGUUUAGUCCUUUGCAUUCGUAACAUCUAUACCCAUCCACCCAUGGGACACGGAGGAGAAGCCUUUCGAAUUCAGCGCGAAAUGAAAAGCUGGCUCUCCGCUAAUGGCGCGCCGUUUGUGGAAAAACCUGGCGAAGACGAAUACGUCAAACUCGAACGCCUCGUCGCGUUGUAUUUUGUCACUCGUUUCCCAGACGCCGCGAUUAUCGCCUAUCAAUUGUUAAACGAUAAGAAAUGA